AUGUCUCUCACUAGUCUCGUAAGCAGUCAAGGCCUGUUAUCUCACAAGUUUGAGCGAGUGCGUGAAGAAGAACCGACAAUGGGUGCUGGAGCAGAUGCCGGCGCCGGCGCGUUCUAUGAUGCGGCUUUGUCGCGUCGACAAGCCCUUAUGGGUGCUAGCGGCCCUAUGGCACUGGUGAAGAACUUCAAGGUUUUUCGUAUCGCUGCUUUUGCUUGUAUCGGUGGUGUUUUGUACGGCUACAACCAGGGCAUGUUCUCGGGUGUUCUUGCCAUGCCGUCGUUCCAGGCGCAUAUGGGGGACUACGAUCCUAUAGACCCCAAUGCUAGCCAGACGAAGAAGGGAUGGCUCACAGCUAUUCUUGAGCUCGGUGCCUGGCUAGGAACUCUGCUGUCGAGUUUCCUCGCUGAGGCUCUCUCCCGAAAAUACGGCAUUCUCGUGGCAGUCUCCGUCUUCUGCCUCGGUGUCAUCAUCCAGGCAACUGCUAUUCAAGCUGGACCCAACGCAAUUCUCGCAGGUCGUUUCAUAACGGGAAUGGGAGUUGGAAGUAUGGCAAUGAUCGUUCCUAUCUACAACUCUGAAGUCGCCCCGCCAGAGGUCCGCGGAGCUUUGGUGGCGACCCAGCAACUUGCCAUCUGCUUUGGUAUCAUGAUCAGCUUCUGGAUCGAUUACGGGACCAAUUAUAUUGGUGGAACAAAGGCUGGCCAUCAGAAAGACGCUUCUUGGCUCAUCCCGAUCUGUCUACAACUCGGUCCUGCCUUGGUUCUUUUCGUCGGCAUGAUCUUCAUGCCUUUCUCCCCACGGUGGCUUGUUCAUCACAAUCGAGAAGACGAGGCACGCCGAGUGCUGGCAAGUCUCCGUGGUCUUCCGCAGAAUCACGAGCUGGUCGAACUCGAAUUUUUAGAGAUCAAGGCUCAAUCCCUUUUCGAGAAACGAACAGUGGCCGAACACUUCCCUGCGCUGCGUGAGCAAACGGCUUGGAAUACCUUCAAACUGCAGUUUGUGGCCAUCAAGUCGCUCUUCCAGACCAAGAGUAUGUUCAAACGUGUUGUUGUUGCGACUGUUACGAUGUUCUUCCAGCAGUGGACUGGUAUCAAUGCCGUACUUUAUUAUGCCCCGACAAUCUUCAAGCAGCUUGGUCUCAGCGGAAAUACCACCUCGCUGCUUGCAACAGGAGUCGUUGGUAUUGCCAUGUUCAUUGCCACCAUUCCUGCCGUCCUCUGGAUUGAUCGCGUUGGUCGAAAACCAGUGCUAACAAUCGGUGCUAUUGGUAUGGCCACCUGCCACAUCAUCAUCGCUGUCAUAGUCGCCAAAGAUGAUAAUCGAUGGGAUACCCAAGCUGCGGCGGGAUGGGCUGCUGUAGCCAUGGUCUGGCUCUUCGUCAUUCACUUCGGCUACUCCUGGGGUCCAUGUGCAUGGAUCAUUGUGGCUGAAAUUUGGCCAUUGAGCUCUCGUCCUUAUGGCGUAUCGCUGGGUGCUUCGAGCAACUGGAUGAACAACUUCAUCGUUGGUCAGGUCACUCCUGACAUGUUGAGCGGCAUCACUUACGGCACUUACAUUCUCUUCGGUAUCUUGACAUAUAUGGGAGCCGCCUUCAUUUGGUUCUUUGUUCCGGAGACCAAGCGUCUGACUCUGGAAGAAAUGGACAUUAUCUUCGGAUCCGAAGGCACAGCACAAGCUGACUUCGAGCGAAUGGAAGAGAUCAACCAUGAGAUCGGUCUCACUCAGAUGCUACGUGGAUCUGGCGCGAUUGGCAGUGAUGUAGCUAUUACCGAGAAGGAAAAACUUGGUGAGCACGCUGUAGCUGCUCACGAGCACACCGAACCAUAA